CGUCUUCCAUUGACUCUUCAAAAAGGAAGAUUUGAGCACCGCUACGAACACUUCCUCGUUCAAGAAAUGAAUUUUAUUAAAUAGACAAAUAUUGGUCAAUUCACGCUAUGGUCAGUUUGUCGGAGGACAGCGAGCGUGCUAGGAGUCACUUCUUUGAGAAGGAGGAUGAGGACUUUAUGACAGAAUCUGCAACACUGUCUCUGGUUGUCAGCACAGAACAAACUGGUAAAACAAUCAACACAACAUGGAUCAUCUUCGUAGAAAUUGUCCUUGUGCUGGCUGUUUGGGUAUGUGCCUUCAUCUUGCCAGUACUGUGUACAGGAGAUAAGUGUGGUCCUGAGCCAGUAGCUUUGAUUUUAUACAUUGUUGGAGGUGUGUGGUUCUUACAGCUUAUUAUUGAUAGAUAUUACAGGAACCAGCAUUAUAAGAACCGACUAUGCGGAUACCUCAGUUUUUACAGACGUACACGCAAUAUUAGACGUCUUCCACUUAUCAUUGCAUCAGCAGCCACUGCUUGUUUGUUGAUAGUGAGUCAGAUUUUAGCAGAGAAAUGUGGAGAGGAAGAAGUGAAAUGUGGGCCUUUACAUAAAGACGGCUACAUACAGAUAAUUGUAUCAUUCUCUUGUGCCAUUCAAAUAGUUCUUCUUAUCAUUUAUAGUAUUAGAACAAUUAACUUUAACAAAAGUGGGGCAUCGCCAGAUGUCAACCAGGAGGAGAUGGUUACCAGUUUCCUUCAAACAAAUUCCAUUUCUUCUGAUGUUGGAUUCAGAGAUGGGGGAUUAUUGGACCAGGUAUUGGAAAGACAAGCUGAUAUGAUACGGUACCUGAAACAACACAAUGAACAGCUCAGCAAGAAAAUACUUGUUUUGUCUGAGGAAAAUCAGACUCUGAAACAGAGAAGACAAUAAAAAAAAUCGAUGCUCUCCACAAAAAAAAGGCAGUCUAUACAUGUAGUCAAUUGUACAUUGUCUUGAAAGGGGCAGGUUUCCAAAUUUGUGUCAACAUUGUCAAAGUUUAGAAAGUUGUUUAACUUUGUAAGUACAGCGAUGUAGUGCUAGAUAGAGCUAAAUACAAUUUAGAAAGUACUUGGAUUUAUUAGAAACUCUAAAUAAGAAUAAAUGCAAUUUGGAAAGUACUUGAAUUGUUAAAAACUUUAAAUAAAAAUUAAAUGAAAUUCAAAAGGUACUACCACUUGCUGAACCUCUAGAUAAAUCUUUAAAAGCAAAGCACUUCAUUGAGUUCUGGGCAGUAUUUUUUUACACACCAAAUGAAAAAAAAAAGUUUUCAGUCUGUAAAACAUGGAGAAAAAAUCUUAAUAUUGUUUAGUCACGUGAUACAAUUUUAUUGUUUAGUCACAUGAAAAAAUUGUAUGUAAAAUGAAGCAAUUUUAGGUGUACUGUAAUAUGAUAAGUAAUUUUGAUUUAUGAGUUGUUAUAUAAUAGAUAUCGCUGUCUGUUAAAAGAAAUAGAGGUGUACAUCUGGAAACAUGCCCCUUUAGCGCAUGUUUUAUCUUGUGUUUGGAAUAUGUUUCUGUUAAUUGAGAUUUUUAAUACUGUUUUUGUUUGUUUCAUGAUGUAUACCUUCAUCCACCUUCUAAACUCCCGCCUCCUGUAAGCAGAAAAGUCGGAAUGGAUAAAAGUUCUGUUCUUACUUCUUACAACUACAAAAAAUAUAGGUCAUGAAAGGGAAUAAAAUGUCUUACCAAUCAUUAAUUUUUGACGAAGUCUUGCAGAUAGAGGUGAACCCUUAUACCUAAAAGUUUUACUAUAUUUUAUACAAUAUACCCUACUGCAGGGAACCAUGUCAUAGAAUUUUGAUAAAUGCCUUUACUUUAAUUUUUGUCGAGCCAGCUUGUGGAAGCGAGGUAUAGUUGUCCAAAUGGCUGUUUGGUGUUUGUCUGUGUGUCUGUCCGGAUUUGCUUGUCCAGACCAUAACUUUGACAUGCAUAGAGCAAUCUCGUUUAUAUUUGCCAUGAAUGUUAACCUCAGUGAGACGGAGUGUCAUGCGCAAUCUGCAGGUUCCUAUCUCAAAGAUCAAAGUCACACUUGGAGGUCAAAGGUUAAAUUCAAUAAUGACUUUGUCCAGAGCAUUUCUUUUUCAUGCAUGGAGGGAUUUUGAUUUAACUUGGCACAAAUGUUCACAACCAUGUGAUGGAGUGUCAUGCGCAAGAACCAGGACCCUAGGUCUAAGGUCAAGGUCACACUUAAGAGUUCAAAAGUCAGAUACAAGAAUGACUUUGUCCGGAGCAUUUCUUUUUCAUGCAUGGAGGGAUUUUGUUGUAACACACAAUUGUUCACCAUCAUGAGACAGAGUGUAAUGUGCAAGAACCUAGCAUUACUUCCUUUUGUUGUUACUAUAAAUAGCUUAUAUUGUAACUUUUUAAUUACUGGUCGUAGGAAAAAAUCAAGACCACUUUUCUGUAGAACAAUAUGCAUGUUACAUCCAAUUUUGAGGUGUAUUUUUACCUAUCUCUACUGGUAAGGAUUUUUGUGUGGACUUAGAUUUUUUUAAAGAUUUUCUUCCUUUUGUUGUUACUAUAAAUAAUUUAUAUUGUAACUUUUUGCAAUCAUUUUUUAUUUGGCAUAAAUAUUUGCCUCAUGUGCAACUCCUAGUCCUUUUGACAGCUGGCAGGCUCGACAUGUUGCCCGUGGGCAUCUAGUUAUACCUGUUAUAGCAGCAUAGAGUGUGGUUUGUUUCUUUUUUUAAAAAUUAGUCAAUAAAAUAUCAUUUUUUUAAACUCCAGGUUUAUUUCUACUUGAAUUACAGCAGCAAUAAGUAUUUAAUGGUUUUACUUUCUCAGAGCUUAACUUCUUACUGCUUGUGAAAAUAAUGCUUGUGUGUAACCAUAUUCAUAGAAAUACAGUAUUCUAAUCUAUAGCAAAACAGAUAAUGUAAAGCCUAAAUCAAUUAAUUUUAUUAUUCUUAAAAAUAAUAACAGUCUUCCUUUCUUAAAAUCAAAUUAUAGACUUUAAUGAAAUAUUAAAUUGAAGUAUAAAGUUUAGUUACACUAUAAUGGUAUACAGAUAUGGUAUCACCAAAAGUCUUGAGCAGUGUUAUAAAUGUAACUGCUAUCAUUAGAUAUGGAACCACAUUAUCUUAAGUGUUACUUAUUAGACUACAGAAAGAAAUGGUAGGAAAAAAUCAAACAUUGAUUGAAUUUUCUUGUUUAAAAAGAUUGCAUUUUC